AGAGGCGGCAAGGCAGGCGUGCGGGAGGCAAAGCCCGGGCUCAGCUGGCCAGUGAGAGGGAAGAUGAGCACAGAGGAUGCUGGCAAUGGGACCUCUCCCACCCCACCAUCUCUCCUUGGGCUUCUGGUUUCAUCCACCGAGCUGGUCCUACCCACUACUGCAUUCCCCGAGAAGGCAGAUCCCCUGCCCAUCAUCGUGGCGCUCGUCUGCAUCUUCCUCCUCCUGGCAACCUUCCUCAUCUUUGUCACCCUCUGCAAGCCAUCGGCGCUGGCCCAGGCCCACUCCGGACCCCGUGAGUGCAUGCCCCAUCACCCGGCGGAUGCCAGCGAGCCCCAGCUGAGGCUCUGGAAGCGGUUGGGCUCCCUGCGAUGCUCCAUCAACACCUUCAGGAGGAGUCGGCCGGUGUCCCAAACCCAGCUCGCCUGCCCUAGGAGCUCCCCCGCCAGUCAGGACUGGCACGUCAUGGAGUCCACCAAAAUGUGAUCCUGCUCUGCAGGAAGUAGCUCAUCCCGCAUCGCGAUUCUUUCCCAAGCUUUUGGUUCAGGCUCUGUUCCCUUCUCAAGCAGCCCCUGGUACCCUGGCCAUCCCGGCAGAGCCCCUUUAAGCAGCUCACUUCCAGGCAGUGCCUCAGCGAAUUCCAGGAGAUUCGCUUAUUUCAGGUUUCCAAAUGCUUUCCAGGUUACUGUUUCCCAGCAGGAGAGGCGGAGGCAUCCAAAGUACACCCACACGCAGCUAUCACUAGGCAGCCCAAAAAAACAUUGCUGCUUAAUUUCUUUAGGAAAAUAUUGUGCAAGUUGCGCAGCACCUGAACCAGCCAGCCUGGGCGAGAGCAGAGUAACCUGGCUGCCUUGAAAAGAGGUCUCCUGGAGCACACACGCUCCCCAAAAAGCAAUCCUCAGCCAAGACUGCCCCCCGAGAAGUGCUCCUGAGCCCCUUGCAUGCCGCCCGGUCCCUGUCCCCCACCACCCCAUGGCAAAAUCCGUGGGAUGCUGCGGUUGACGUUUGGAAGGAUGCACGCUGCAUCUGCCUGCUGGAAACCCUCUACAAUAAAAGCAGGUAAACGUGUCUCUAAAUGCAUUACAGAGGCCUUUUGAGGUUCUCGCAGGCGCUGCCAGCUUGGAAAGGCACUGCACAAAGCUGAGCCACACGUUUCUGCUGCGGAAGGGUCUGACAGCCAGCAGGUAAGCUGACGUGCUUAAAGGAAUCAGUAGGAAAAAGAAAACUGGUUUAAUUCUUCCAGGUCCGCAAGCUCACACUACGGUCAGCCACCGAGUUCACCCCGCUGGGUGAAGUCUCCGUGCCCGGCGCGGCCCCGUGGUGAGCACCAAACCCCAUCUCUCAGGGUUUCUCAUGGAUUCUGACCCUGGUGAGGUGCAGCUCUGCCUUGGCACAUUCUGGGACAUUCCUGCUCUCAGGGUGUUCCUGCUCUCGGGACAUUCCUGCUCUCCUCCAGCCCUGGGCUGCCUGGCUUUCAGCGAUGGGGAUGGGGAAACCUUCAAGAACUCUCUUGUUGCCACAGGGACAUGGGGAU